AUGCCAACCAGUCUUGCACCGGUCCAAAUCUUGCAGCAAGAAGCGACGGAAGAGCGUGCAGAGAAUGCGCGCCUAAACAUCUUUGUCGGUGCGAUUGCCGUUGGCGACUUGGUGAGGAACACGCUGGGGCCUAAGGGAAUGGACAAGAUAUUGAUUUCGGCCCGGGACAACAGCAUGAGUGUGACCAAUGACGGGGCCACAAUUCUCAAGUCCAUCCAUUUGGAAAAUGCUGCUGCAAAGAUCCUUGUAGAGAUUUCCAAGGUGCAGGAUGACGAGGUGGGCGACGGCACCACGUCCGUUUGCAUACUUGCGGCAGAGCUGCUUCGCGAGGCCGAAAAGCUGAUUUCCAUGAAGAUCCAUCCACAGACUAUCAUUGAAGGGUAUCGUGCCGCUGCAGCCGUACCACGGACUUGCAAUCUUUCUUAUAGAAACGAUCCAGUUCUUUUUCGCCGCGAUUUGGUGAACAUUGCCAAAACCACUCUUUCUUCAAAAGUUCUCGCAGCAGAGAAGGAAUAUUUCGCCGAAAUGGCCGUGGAUGCCGUGCUUCGACUUGGCGAUGGUGACCAUGUAAACUUGGAUAUGAUCCAAAUCAUCAAAAAGGCCGGCGGCCGUCUUCGCGAGUCAUUUCUGUCGGAAGGCUUCAUCAUUGACAAGCGAAUGAUUGGGCCCAUUACCAAGGUGGCUUGGUUGCUUUUUUAUUUACAGAUCACCGAUGCACGGAUUUUGGUUGCAAAUACGCCUCUCGAUACGGAUAAGAUCAAGGUCUUUGGUUCUCGCAUGCGUGUCGAAUCGAGCGAGGCGCUUGCUGCGCUAGAAAGAGCCGAACGUGAAAAAAUGCGCCUCAAAAUAGAAGUGAUGAAAGCGAUGAAAAUCAAUUGCAUCGUCAAUCGCCAGCUCAUAUAUUCAUGGCCGGCACAGCUUCUUGCAGAUGCAGGCAUUGCCGUCAUCGAACAUGCCGACUUUGAUGGCGUCGAGCGAUUGGCCUUUGUGACCGGUGCGCAAAUUGCAUCCUAUUUCGGACAGGCGCAUAAUAAUGCAGAUGCUUCCGCAUCAGAGUCAGAGCCCGCUUCGGCAAUGAAAGCGCUUCGUUUGGGAAGUGCGUCGGUGGUGGAGGAGAUCCUUGUUGGUGGAGAGCGGCUGACACGCUUUUCAGGUGUCAAGGGAGCCGACGGCCAUGGCGCAUGUACGAUUGUUUUGCGCGGUUCGUCUCGCCAGAUGCUCGAUGAGGCCGAACGCUCGAUGCACGACGCACUUUGCGUUUUGGUGCAAGCCGUGCGCCAUGAUACACGAACCGUUCUCGGUGCCGGCUGCAUCGAGAUGCACAUGAGCAGGGCUGUUGACGAGAUUGCUGCCAAGACGCCGGGAAAGCAGGCGUUUGCCAUCGAGGCCUUUUCGCGCGCGCUCCGAAUGAUCCCGACAAUCUUGUCCGAGAAUGCCGGUCUGGACACUCCGCAGCUUGUUUCGCAGCUGCGUGCAGCACAUGCAGCCAACCUUUCGACAUUUGGCCUUGACCUCAAUCAAGGACGCAUCACCGAUGUUUCGGCCUUGGGGAUAACGGAAAGCGCUAGACUUAAGCGCCAGGUUCUUUCCUCAGCGACGGAGGCUGCAGAGAUGGUCAUUCGCGUUGAUGAUAUCAUCAAAAGCGCUCCAAGGCCAAGAUCAGAACGAUGCCAGUAG